UUAAGUUAGGCUCAUCUGAAUUACAGCCAAUCACUGCAGAAUACUUACACUAGCGAACUUUCUCCUCCACCUCGUUCAAACGUGACAGCUGUGGGGGCAGAAUCUUCAUACCGUUCAGUUAAAAGACCUCUCGGAAGGAUGCGUUCAUGUAUCCUCGCUCAUGGCUCCUCCUCGAUCCCUCCUCGCUUCUCGCCCUUUAAGACGGCCGGCAAGAUGGCAGAGCAGAAGUACUUCCGGCUCGAGCGAGGACCGAGGAGCGAGGACACGACAAUCCAGAGAAAUGAGAUGCACCCAAAGAUUACGGAAGGCAAAAAGGCUUCCGGGGAAAAGAAAAAACCCACAUGGGACGAGAGCUGUGAGUUGGAGGGUGGUUGAAAAGGUUAACGUCGAGGUGGAUGAUAUUUGUAGACCACAAUACUUUUAAGUGUUGGCACAGACACUAUCUUGCAGUUAACAUCUAGUGUAUCUUGUUGUUUAGUAAGUCGCCAGUUUGAAGUGAACGCGUGAUCAGGGCAGCCACGUGUUGUUGUUUUUUUUUAUUAACUUGGUUGUGGACUAUGUAACGUGGACGUUUUGCUAGAACCGUCUUGAGGGACAGUCCGCUAUAAACGGCGGUCGUAGCGGUCACAGAAAAGACAGGAACAGAAACAGCAUCGUGUAGCAGCUCGGGACGCCUCUGGACUGUGUGUCACCGUCCUCUUUGACACUGUGAAUAAAUCCCCUGGAAGUUCUGCAUUUUAACUGCUGAGUGAGAGACAAGCCUGUCUGUCAGAUGUUUAGAGAAGCGCUGUCAUGAAGAAUAGAAGUGGUGGCUGGCUGGACAGUCGGCUCAGACAGAGGGUGGAGCAGUAUUUGACAUCAAGCAGCAGUGAACAUGUGGACCUGUCAGCCAUUGCCCUGGAACUUCAAAAACUGUACAGAAUGGAGUAUGGCAGAAGAAACAAAACAGCUUUCAGGAUUCAAGUAGAGAGAGUGUAUGAAGCAAUCAUGAAGGAGUCUGGACUCAGUGAUCUAGAGAGCAAACAUUUGGCUAAGAGAGCCAAGCAUAGCCGCAAUGACACUGGUGAAGGCAGCAGCAGCUCAGAGGAAUCCUCUGAAAGUGAUGACCAGAUUCUGGAGAAUGCUCCCACCAACCACAUGAACAGCUCUCUAACAUCUCUGUACCGGAAGGGAAACCCUGACUCCAACACCUGCUCGCCUAUGAGAGAUCAGCUCGCUGCCAGUAGUCCUGCGAGCAUAGCCAACCCCAUUCUGACUGCAGGGACACUGGUUUCCACAGGAGGCUGGUUCAUUGAUCGAGGCAGACGACAUGAGAAGAACAACAUCCUCAUCGACCUGUGUGAAGAGGAGCCGACUAAUACAGCAACAAAUCAGACAGAUGUGUCCACCCUGGAGCCUGAGAAAUCUCACAAAAAGUCAAACAAAAGGACGAAGAUCUCCACUGAAACUACUGAGCCUCGCACCCUGAACAAGAAGGCAAAAUCAAAGUCACCAGAGCUGCAGUAUCCCCCUCUGAAAUUUGAAGAUGUGGGAGGUAAUGAAGAGACAUUAGCGGAGGUGUGUAAGCUGCUGAUCCACAUUCAUCACCCAGAGGUGUAUCAACAGCUGGGAAUGGUUCCUCCAAGGGGAUUUCUCCUUCAUGGACCUCCCGGUUGUGGAAAGACCCUGCUGGCCCAGGCUGUGGCUGGGGAGUUGCAGCUGCCCAUGUUGAAGGUGUCCGCUCCAGAGCUGGUGUCUGGAGUGUCAGGGGAGUCUGAGCAGAAGCUCAGAGAGCUGUUUGACCUGGCUGUGACCUCUGCCCCAUGUAUAUUGUUCAUAGAUGAGAUAGAUGCUAUCACCCCAAAGAGAGAGGUGGCCUCUAAAGACAUGGAGAGGAGGAUUGUAGCCCAGCUGCUUACCUGCAUGGAUGACUUGAACAGUCUGACAUUAACGGCACAGGUCCUGGUCAUCGGUGCCACCAACAGGCCAGACUCCCUGGACCCCGCCCUCCGCAGAGCUGGACGCUUUGACAGAGAGAUCUGCCUGGGUAUUCCUGAUGAAGCCGCUCGUCUCAGGAUCUUGAAGACGCUGUGUCGAAAGCUAAAGCUGCCAGAGGACUUUGACUACCAGCAGCUGGCCCGGCUCACCCCAGGCUAUGUGGGCGCAGACCUUAUGGCUCUGUGUCGCGAAGCUGCCAUGAGUGCUGUAAACAGGGUUCUGCUGGAAAUAAGAGGACAGUCACAGAGCCAUAGCCAGAGCUCUACUGAAGAUCUGUUAACAAGCGGAGUUCAGACUGAGCCUGUUGUGACAGAUAAAGAGAUCAGACAGCAGCAGACAACAGACGUCAACCCAGCACCUCAGGAAGACUCAGGGCAGAAUGACCUGCAGCAGAAGGAGCUGUGGCACCUUUUACAGCUGCUAAAGACCACUAAGAAGCUGUCAGACGAAGAGCUGGCCGGCCUGUCCAUCCUCAUGUCAGACUUCCAGGCCUCUCUGGCCAGUGUCCAGCCCUCAGCCAAGAGGGAGGGCUUUGCCACAGUGCCUGAUGUCACAUGGGCAGAUGUAGGAGCCCUGCAGGACAUCAGAGAGGAGCUCACAAUGGCCAUACUGGCUCCAGUGCGCUCUCCAGAGCAGUUCAGAGCUCUGGGGCUCAGCACUCCAUCUGGUGUACUGCUGGCUGGACCUCCAGGAUGUGGAAAAACACUGCUGGCCAAGGCAGUGGCCAAUGAAUCAGGCCUCAACUUUAUCUCUGUCAAGGGUCCAGAGCUGCUCAACAUGUAUGUGGGAGAAAGUGAGCGGGCUGUCAGGCAGGUUUUCCAGAGAGGACGCAACUCAGCUCCUUGUGUCAUCUUCUUUGAUGAGAUUGAUGCUCUGUGUCCUCGCCGCUCAGGCCAUGAGUCAGGAGCCAGUGUACGGGUUGUCAACCAGCUGCUCACAGAGAUGGACGGCCUAGAGACUCGACGGCAGGUCUUCAUCAUGGCUGCAACAAACAGACCAGAUAUCAUUGACCCUGCCAUUCUCAGGCCGGGUCGUCUAGAUAAAACCUUGUAUGUGGGUCUGCCACCUCCAGCGGACCGCCAUGCCAUCCUGCUCACCAUUACUAAGGGGGGGACCAAACCUCAGCUGGAGCAGGAUGUCUGUCUUGAAGAGAUCGCCUUUGAUGAACGCUGUGAUUGUUUCACUGGUGCUGACCUGACGGCGUUAGUGAGGGAAGCAUCUGUUAAUGCCCUGAGAGCCCACCUGAGCUCCCAGAAUUCCUCAGCUUCUUCUUCUGGUCACACAUACUCCUCUAGCUCUGUCACUGACAUCAGAGUGAACAAGCAGAACUUUGAUGAUGCCUUCAAGAAAGUUCGUCCAUCUGUGUCCCAAAAGGACCAGCGGAUCUACGAGCAACUCAGAGAGUCCCUCAGCAGAUAAGUGCAAGACCAGAACCGUCACCAGCAAUAGUUCAGUCAAUAAUAUUGUGUUAUGUAUUUAUAAAAUCACAAUAUGAUUUUAUUGUGGUUGAAUCAACUGAUUCCUGCUUUUAUAAUAAAAACUGUGUGGAGAAACCAGAGAUGAAUCGUCUGGCAUGCACUCUGACAAAAGAUUUAGGUCUUAUCAAAUACACAGAUAAGCUACUGUUCUGUUAUCAGGGCUUUCAGUAAACUCGUCUCCAUAAUCCCACCAUGUGACUGUAAACUGACUGAUAGCUGUAGUGUAUUGACACACUGCAUUUUAUUGCUGUUCUUUAUCAGAUUGUUUCUUAUCAGAAUAUCAAUGUCAGUGGCUCACUGUUUGACGAUUUAACCAUCCCAUCAAUACAACUUUUACGUUUUUUAUAAAUCCAACGUUUUCUGUAGUAAAUUAUUCUUUUACAUGAUGAAGCUGCUGACACAAGGAGUAGAGCAUAUUCUUAGGUUGCACAAAACCUACAUACGAUUUCUCUCUUGUUCAAUGAGAAGGAACUUGUCACAUCUAUAAGAUGUCUAUAGUAAGAAAUAUACAAUAUCAGCAUUCUUAAAAAUGUAUAUAUUGCAAUAUUGUAUAAUUAAUGAGGGUACUUGCUCCAUCAGUCAGUCAGUCAUUUCCCAUACUACAGUAAGCCAGUCAAAGGCAUCGACUUGAGUGCUGUUUGUGAAGCAUGUGUUGUAGAGCUGGUUAGCUCAGUUUUAUCUGUCUAGCUACAGUACUGUUCUAAUUUGAACUUUUUCAAAGGAACAUGUCACUGUUGACUGGUGUGUCCCUUUAUCACAUUUUGACACAGUUAGCUUCUUACUGUAGAAAUAAUGCGGACGUAACUCAUAAGAAUGAUUGCUAUGUUUAUUUAUGUGUAAGCUGUACCAGUGAAGCAGGACCAUGGUAAUGAUGUUACAUUACCAUGGUGAGAGCUGUCAGAGUAUCUGUGGAACAGCUCCAGCCAUCAGAGUGAUAAUCACUUGGGUUUUGACAUAAACGCAGCCCUUAUUUACCUAAUUU